AAUAUUGUGAAGAUAGAAUAUGUUGACGUUUUGGAGGACGGUGUUGAGUCUUCGUCUUUCAACACAAGUCCUUAUUAAAGCAAAUGGUUAUUACAAUAAUGCUAUGCUUGCUGCGCAUAUGUGUUAUUCCGCACACUCGCUCCUUGCAUCACAAUCCCGGUUGUCCUCGCCUUGCCUACUUACGCAAGGCCACCAACCCCUCGGUACCAAACAAAUGCGGGGUCAUCCUCAGCGCCCCGCCCCACUGCAUCAGCCAUGCUGUUUCCGUGUUGUCAGCAUCUCAGCCUCUCAUUGCAUCGAGCCCAGCUCUUUUCAUCUCAAUCAUUCAAAUUAUAGUCAUGUUAAGUACAGAAUUUGCCAUCAACAGAACACGCCCGCUUGGCUUAGUGGUACAGCGUCGCACUCGUAUUAUAUUAUAUGAAAUGCGAAGAUCCGCGGUUCGAUUCCGCGAGUGGGCAUCUCAUUGAGUGUAUUCUGUUGUUUUUGCACUCGAUACCUUGUUGGUAUGCUCGAGUUUGGUUGGGGUUGGUAAUUUUAUUUUAUUUUUGAAGUUUGAAUCAAAGUGUGUACGUAUAUGCGGUUCUUGUUGCUGAUUUGGGGCUAGCGCAGGAAG